AUGAACUCACUGCCAAUCGGAUCCACUGUCAAUGAAACAACUAUAAACAACCUACGUUACGCUGAUGAUAUGGUGCUGAUUUCCCCAUCAGUGCAAAGUCUCCAACUACUCAUCGACACUUGCCACCAAUAUGCAGAGGAAUUUGAUAUAAUUUACAACGAAACCAAGACCCAGUGCAUGUCGCUGCUCCUAAGAUCAUUUAAGCAUAUUGCAGAACCACAAAUAUUCCUCGGAAACCAUCGGCUGGAAUAUGUGGACGAAUUUCCGUAUUUGGAUCACAUUAUCACCAACGACCUAAAAGAUACGGCAGACAUUGAACAGAGGCGUCGUAAGCCGUGUGCAACUGGCGACAUGAUUAUAAGGAGGGCACUAUUGCAGAGAGAGCCUAUGGGGUCCUCCAAAGUUGCUGGAAUCCUCUGCGUUAUCUACCUCUCUUCCUUCGGCCUCUCCGCCGUUGGGGGACUUGAAAGACGAAAGUCUAUGGGAGGUACUAUAAAAGCAUCAGUAGCUGAGUUGAGCCGAUAG